UUUGAUCGUUGAAAACAAGAAAGCAAGAGUGUGGAAGGUUUUGUGAGCUAUGGAGAUGGUCAAGAGUGCGAUGGUGGUGGUGGUGCUAGUUUUGGUGGCGAUGGUGCCGAGUCUGGAGGCGAUUGAAUCGCCGCAGUACACGGUGGUGCACUGGGAAUCGGAGUUUGAGAUAAGAGAAUACAGAGCCGGCGCGUGGAUGUCUGCUCCUGUUAAAGACAUCUCCUUUGAUAAGGCCACCAGAAAUGGCUUCCACAGGCUGUUCCAGUACAUCCAAGGUGCCAAUUUGAAUUCCUCUCGAAUUGCAAUGACGGCUCCUGUGCUGACAAGCAUAGUCCCUGGAGCCGGCCCGCUGCACUCAUCCGCAUACUUUGUGAGUUUCUAUUUGCCAGUGAAGUUUCAAGCUUCCCCACCCACACCACUCCCGGAACUCAACUUGAAACCAUAUACAUGGGACAGUCAUUACGUUGCAGUCAGGAAAUUCUCGGGAUUUGCAAGAGAUAGUAACAUUGUGCAAGAAGCACAGAAACUCGCCACCAGCCUUAGCAGGUCUCCAUGGGCAAACUCUACAUCAGAAGAAAGUAGCUAUGCUUACUCGAUUGCACAGUAUAACUCCCCAUUCCAGUGGGUUGGGCGUGUGAAUGAAGUUUGGGUCGAUGUCAAUGCCUCUGGAUUAGAGGGAGAUAAAGGCAGUGAAAUAGCUACCUACUGAGAUUGUACAAAUAGUGGGUGUCACCAUGUAAAUACCAGCAAUCAUCCACAAGUGAUGAACUAUCCAAAAAUUACUGCAUCUCAAUUUCAAUAUCUGUAUCUGUAUCUGUAUCGUUAUCCGAACGUAGACAUUUUACUAAUAUAUCUGUGCAGUGUUUGUCCAUACAA